UAUAAAGUGGAAGCUAUGGGUAACGUAUUGCCAAAGAUUGAUGUUUACGGAAGCAAGGAUAUGUGCCGGCUGUCAUUGGUUGUUCCUCGUCACAUGACAAGCGGUGAUCGCUGCUUCUUCCUAAAAGUUCAAAUACUUUCAAGAUAAGGACGCAGCCGUAGCGCUUUUGAUCGCACACUCAAAAGCUGGACCGCAUGUUUGCGUUUCUUUUUAUGAACUGCACAUUUUCCUCAGAAAACGUGGUAGCAGAGCGUCUUUCCGGUGCGCUUCAACAGCCCUACACAUGUAGAUACUUCUCAAUCCGUUUGGGGGUUCUCUUGGUAUGAUAUAUUUCUAAAAUCGCUACGCAUAUCGUUUAAAACAGUAAUUUGCCUUUUGAAAUCACGAUUGUUUGUGGAAGUUUUUGCUUAACGUUGUGGACGCUCCAAGCUGCAUACAACUCCGGUGAGCAGGCACUACUCUGCAGGACAUGGGAUGAUAAACUAACGCCCAUACUGCAGGGCGGAGUCACACCCUGGUGUAUCUGACGUGCGCUUACAUAUACAGUCCAUGGCGUUUAGUUUACUGCUAACAAGGAAACGACACCUGGAUGACCUGAACGUCACUUUAAGAACCACUUUAUUUUGCUAGAUUACGGAUAUUUCUUAGUUUUUCUCCCGGUUCACUGUUGUAAACUGAGGGAUCAAAAUGAACUCCAUUGACCUGGAGAAGCUGAAGAUGACGGGAGCUGGUCGAGCCAUGGCAGUGUUGACCAGCGGUGGAGAUGCACAAGGGAUGAAUGCUGCUGUCCGAGCUGUGACCAGAAUGGCCAUCUAUGUGGGGGCCAAGGUUUAUCUUAUUUAUGAGGGUUACCAGGGCCUGGUGGAUGGGGGAGACAACAUCAAACUAGCACACUGGCAGAGUGUGACCAACAUCAUCCAACUGGGUGGAACUGUGAUAGGAAGCGCCCGAUGCAAGGCCUUCAUAACUCGUGAGGGAAGGCUUGCUGCUGCCUUCAACCUGGUGAAGAAAGGCAUCACCAACCUGUGUGUGUGUGGUGGAGACGGCAGCCUCACCGGGGCCAACAUCUUCCGCAGCGAGUGGAGCAAUCUGCUGGCUGAGCUUGUAAAGAAAGGAAGAAUCACAGACACUCUGGCCAAGCAGCAUGACCACCUGAACAUCGUGGGGCUCGUGGGCUCCAUUGACAACGACUUCUGCGGCACUGACAUGACAAUUGGAGCCGACUCUGCUCUGCACCGCAUCAUGGAGAUAAUUGACGCUAUCAUGACAACAGCACAAAGCCACCAGCGCACAUUUGUUCUGGAAGUUAUGGGGCGACACUGUGGAUAUCUGGCCUUAGUGUCAGCACUGGCUUCUGGGGCAGAAUGGCUCUUUAUUCCAGAGGCUCCCCCCAAGGAAGGCUGGGAAGAACGUAUGUGUGCCCGUCUAGAGGGGAGCCGCACAACGGGGUCAAGACUCAACAUUGUAAUCCUUGCAGAAGGAGCCAUUGACAGAAAUGGCAAGCCCAUCACUUCAACUUAUGUAAAAGAACUGGUGGUACAGAGGCUCGGCUAUGACACCAGAGUGACAGUCCUCGGCCAUGUUCAGCGAGGAGGAACUCCCUCAGCGUUUGACAGAAUACUGAGCACUAAGUUGGGUGUGGAGGCAGUGGUUGCCCUGAUGGAUGCCACUCCUGACACCCCAGCCUGUGUCAUUGGUCUGUCAGGUAACCAGGCUGUUCGUCUGCCUCUGAUGGAGUGUGUGGAGAUGACUAAGUUGGUGCAGACAGCCAUGAAUGAGAAGAGGUUUGAUGAGGCUGUCAAACUGCGGGGAGGGAGCUUUGAGAACAACUGGAACAUCUACAAGCGUCUUGCCUUCCAUAAGCCCUCCCAGUCUGAGAGCAACUUCUCCCUGGCUAUCCUGAAUGUGGGGGCUCCGGCUCCGGGGAUGAACGCAGCAGGGAGGUCUGCUGUGAGGUUGGCGCUCGCUAGUGGACACAAGGUCUACGCUGUCCACAAUGGCUUUCAGGGACUUGCCAAUGGAAACGUCCUUGAGAUGGGAUGGCACAGUGUUGCAGGCUGGACAGGGCAAGGGGGCUCACUGCUGGGGACGAAACGAACUCUUCCCAACAAAAACAUGGAGGGGAUUGUGGAAACCAUCGCAAAGUUUAACAUCUCAGCUCUGCUUGUAAUUGGAGGGUUCGAGGCGUAUGCAGGAGUGUUGCAGUUGUUUGAAGCCCGGGGUCUCUUUGAUGAGCUCUGCAUCCCAAUGUGUGUAAUCCCUGCUACCAUCAGCAACAACGUCCCGGGAACGGACUUCAGCCUGGGAGCAGACACGGCCGUCAAUGCUGCCAUGCAGGGUUGCGACAAGAUCAAGCAGUCGGCCACCGGGACCAAGAGACGGGUGUUUGUGGUGGAGACUAUGGGUGGAUUCUGUGGAUAUCUGGCAACCUCCACUGGCAUAGCUGUGGGAGCGGACGCAGCCUACAUCUUUGAAGACCCCUUCAACAUCCACGACCUGACUACCAACGUGGAGCAUUUGGCUGAAAAGAUGAAGAAGGACAUUCAGCGUGGUCUAGUACUGAGGAAUGAGAAAUGCCAUGAAAACUACACCACAGAUUUCAUCCAUAAGCUGUAUACAUCAGAGGGGAAGGGCAUCUUCGACUGCAGGGUCAAUAUUUUGGGACACCUUCAGCAGGGUGGAGCACCUUCUCCGUUCGAUAGAAACUUUGGCACCAAGUUGGGUGUGAGGGCAAUUGAGUGGAUUUCAGGGAAAUUAACUCAAAACUUCAGACAAGGACGCGUCUUCGCUAAUUCCCCAGAAACAGCAUGCGUGCUCGGCCUCAACAGGAAGGUGAUCUCAUUCAAGCCCGUCACUGAACUCAAGGAUGUGACUGAUUUUGAGCACCGGAUGCCCAAGGUCCAGUGGUGGUUUAAUCUGCGGCAGAUGCUAAAAAUGUUGGCCAAGUACCAAACCAGCUUCUGUGAAUAUGUCCCAGGAGAGAUUGAACAUGUGACCCGGCGCUCUAUCAGCAUUGACUCCGGGUUCUAGGCUCUCUGAAACUACAGUAAACUCUCUGCACUUUUUAAUCCUUAUCUGUCCGACCUUUCAUUUGCAGACUUCUUAAAAAACAUUUUCCUAUUUCACUGCUGUCCAUGUUAAGGCUGAAAUCUUGUAAAGCCAGCAUUGAUUGUCAGCCUUGUCGGUGUCACAGUUGUAGCUACAGUAAAUGAAAUGUAAAGAUGGACUUCAGGUAUUCAUUUAUUGCACAUUGUGCUCCUCUUUGUGUAGUCAAAUCACUGCCAAACACAAUCAAGUGUGCCAUACAGUAAGCUUAAAUGAAUUCACUACUAAAUAUAAUAUAUAAAGUAGAAUGUAUGUUGAGUUUAAGUAAUAAUCUGAUCAUGAACCUUGGGUAAAAUAUGUACAUCAUGUUCAUGUUAUCAAGCUUAAAAUGAGACCUUCUAUAAUUUGAAUGUACAUUUCUGCCCCGAUUGUGACAAAAAAUAAAUGUGUAGAUUCUGCCUUUUAAAAUAUGUAUAAUUAAAUGCAUACAUUUGUCAAGACUACCCUAUUCACACUUAGUGCUCAGUGUAAACUAAAAGAUAUUCCCAAGCAACUUUCCCAGAUAAUUAUUUACAUAUUAAUACAUACAUAAUAAUGUACACUGUACUUAAAAUUGUCAUUUGUUUUCUUUUUCCACUAGUAUAACAGACAACAUGUUUUUGCCUGUAGUGUCUCCCUAAUCAGGAAGUGACUUAUGGGAACAGAGAGGUGAUCAUUUCAUUUACCGUCAUGACUGAAGUUUAAUACUGCAGUUUAUUUCAUCAUGUAACAAACUUCACAACUACUUUACUUACAACAGCGAAAACUGAAAAGGAAUAUGAACAUAUGUUGAGUAUAAUUUUGAUACUAUUGCUUUCUUCUAUUAAAGGUCUAUCAACAGUUAAUACUGUUACAACA